AUGUUGUUCAAAUAUAUCGCCUCCCUCGCCGUCCUGGCAUCUUCCGCCGUCGCACAGACUGAAUACACAGGCGGGUACAAUGCGGCUUUCAAGAACAUGACCGCUGUCUAUUGGGGUCAGAACGCCGGUGCCAUUGUUGACCCGACCAAGCAAUCCGACUUGCUCACGACAUGCAAUAACACCAACAUUGAUGUGGUUAUUGUCAGCUUUGUGACCAAGUUCAAAGGAAAGGCGGGGCUUCCAAUUCUCAACCUGUCAAACCAAUGCGGCAAUGUCUUCCCUUAUGCGGAAAACCCAAAGAACGACACGGAUAUCCUGAACUGUCCUGAUAUCGGAGAAAUGAUCACUCAAUGCCAGGGACUCGGAAAGAAGGUCCUUUUGUCGUUGGGCGGAUCGACUUAUAAUAAUGCAGCAUGGAAAAGCGUUGCCGAAGCUCGUGAUACCGGAAACACUCUUUGGGCUAUGUUCGGCCCUCCCGGUAACAAUCCAUAUAAAUAUCGACCUUUCGGUAACGCAACUGUUGAUGGAUUCGACCUGGACUUCGAAUAUGUCGCCAAUGCGCCUUUCACUGACACCUUUGCCGCCCACAUGAAGGCGAAAUAUGCUCUUGACAAGAAGCGUCAAUACCUUCUCACCGCUGCCCCACAGUGCCCCAGCCCUGACGGCGCUCUCGACGUCGCCCUUACCAAGGUUGCAUUCGAUGCCAUUUUCGUCCAAUUUUACAACAACCUCUGCCAGACCUCGACCUGGGCCAAGGGUAAAUCCCAAAUGAAGAACACCUCCUUCAACUUCCAGUUGUGGGAGAACUGGGCGCGAACUUCCAGCGCCAACAAGAACAUCAAGAUCUUCAUCGGUUUCCUCGGUGGCGGUGUUUCAGGUACUACUGGAUAUGUCAAUAAGAAUGUUGCCCAACAGAUCAUCGCCGAUUCCCUCAAGUUCAAGAGCUUUGCCGGUGCUAUGUUCUGGGAUGCAUCCAUCCUCGGUAUCAAUACUGGAAUCUUGCCAGCUGUCAGGGAUGUCCUGACUGGCAAGGUUGUCAUCAAGAAGCGUGAGAUUGAGGAGCGUGAAAUCAAGAUCCCCGUUGGAGGCUCUUCCAUCUAUGCCGCUGAAGAUUAUAUCGAGGUCAAGGCACCAGCUGAGGCUACUCGCAGGUUCAAGAGACGACACGUCCACCACCGUCGUGCGGGCUUCUUGUCCAACUAA